AUGGGUACAGUUGGCAGGCCCAGGGUCCAACCAGGGUUUACCCCGGACCACCCUUUUUUUGGGGGCCCCCGACUAAAAAACACUUUUUGGGGAAUCACAAAAAGUUGGGGGGCCUUUUGUUUUAAAAAAGCCCAGGAAUUAAAUAAAGCCAAAAUGCUCAUGCUUGACUUCAGGCUGGGCCAGGAACCCCCAGGAACCACAGAGGAACAGAUCUGGUUUGCCAAACGUUUAUAUGAGUCGGUUUUUUCCCCCAGACACUGGGGGACAAGCAGAAUUUUAUGGGGGCCCGCUUUUGAGUUUCCAGGUCCCUGGUUUGGGUUGGGAAUCUCCCUUUUUUGUGACCAGUCUACCCCAGCGGGGGUUUUUUUGGAAAGUGGGAAAACCCACUUUCAACCCUUGGAAAACUACACUAACCGCAAUGCAAAAUCCCAGCUGACUGAGCAGCAGAUGGCCGUUGCAUAUUUAUCAGCCACCUUUGAAGCUCUCAUUACCCCCUUUGGGCCAAAAAAGAAUUCCUUAGCGAAGAGAGCAUCAACAUUAAUGCAGAGAUUUGUGCCCUUUGCUGCUGUAGCUGCUGCCAAUUGCAUUAACAUUCCACUGAUGAGGCAGAAUGAAAUACAAAAUGGAAUUACUGUUUGCGAUGACAAAGGAAACGAAUUAGGAGAGUCUAAGCUAGCAGCUGCGAAGGGCAUCACGCAGGUAGUGGUAUCCCGUAUAAUCAUGGCAGCCCCUGGAAUGACCAUCCUGCCGGUGGUGAUGGAACGGCUGGAGAAGCAGGCCUGGCUGAGGAGGAACCCCCGCCUCAAUGCCCCCUUCCAGACCCUGGCUUGUGGACUCAUUCUCACCUUCAUGACCCCCACAGCAUGUUCGCUCUUCAAUCAGAAGUGCUCUCUCAGCACUUCAACACUGUCCAAAUAUGAACCCCAAGUUUAUGCUGCUAUGCAAAACAAGUGUGGAGGAAAAGUACCCGACACAGUCUACUUUAACAAGGGCUUGUAAGCUGAAAACCAUUGAGCAUUGCCAUCUAUCAAUCAUUAUCAAUAUUUUUAUUAUAUGUUUUGUCAUUCCUAGGUUAUUUAAUGAAGAUUCUGGGAAGGUGUUUGACUUGUUAAUAAAUGGUGAGAUUAUGUUAAUGGGACAUUCCUCAUUUGAUAUUGUAGUGGUAAAAUUGAUUGGUAUAUAAAGGCAUAUAUUUGCCGCACUGCCUAUAUAUAUAUAUAUAUAUAUA